AUGCCUCCACCACCACCACCGCCGCCGCCGCCGCCCGGUAGCAUGGGAGGACCCCCUCCCCCUCCGCCUCCAGGGGCUCUCCCGAGUAGGCCCUCAGGUGCAGAAGUGAAAGGCCGCGGCGCCCUUCUCUCGGAUAUUCACAAAGGCACACGGCUUAAGAAGACCGUAACCAACGACAGAUCAGCGCCGGUUGUUGGCGGAGGAACGAAAUCAUCCGGCCCUCCGGUCGCAGGCGCUCCACCCAUUCCUACCAUGAUGAAGCCCCCAAGUUCGGCACCGCCAGUACCGGGGCAAGCAGCAAAUAGACUACGAAGUGACAGCGGAGCUGGUUCAGGGGGGGACAGUAGCGCGGCUUUGCCCGCUGCUCCUCAACUGGGAGGCCUCUUUGCUGGAGGUAUGCCCAAGCUGCGCAGCCGAGGAGGGGGAGUUGAUACUGGAGCCAAUCGAGAUUCGCCAUAUCGGUCCGAAUUAGAAGGAUCGUCGGCGCCGAAACCUCAUGUGUCGCCCGCUCUGAAACCUCCGGGAGCUCGUCCUCCUCCCCUGCCUUCUUCAGAGUCUCCUCCCGCUCCUCCCAUUAACCCGUUGGUCGCGGGUCUGAAGAAACCUCCCCCGAGGCCUGCAUCGAGGCCGUCGUCUACUGUAUCCACCGCAUCGGCCAGGUCGGCACCAGAUGCUCCACCACCUCGCGCACCACCACCAUUGCCAGGCUCAGCAAAGCUACCUCCACCACCACCUGUGUCUUCUAGGAAAUUAUCAAAUCCAGGUCCACCGUCCCCUGCUCCUCCUUCUGCAAGUCCAGCUGCACCACCCCCACCUCCACCCCCACCUACGGUCCGGCCACCCCCCCCAGCUCCUGCGCGAUCUACCCCUCCACCACCGCCGCCUCCUGCAGUCUCAGCACCGCAACCACCUAAUGGAACUGCUACUGCAUCGAUAGCAGUUCAAGCUGCGAGGAACGCUUUUGGACACAGCCACCAGACACCAUCAGCGCCACCUCCUCCCCCACCACCCCCUUCCUCGGCCCCUUCAGCACCUCCACCACCCCCUCCAAGUGCCCCUCCAAGUGCUCCGUCGAGUGAGCCACCAUCACGUCCCUUAUCUUACGAGCCUCCAGCUAGUCACCCUCCGGAUCGUUCCACACUGGAUCCGAGCGCUUAUACCCUGAGCAACGGCGGGCCGUCGCCAGGGCCGAGCCCUUUGAGCUCAGCGGCCCACGGCAUAAUUCGGGUAGAAGACACUCGGUUCAAGUUCCAGAGCGAAGGUUUAUUACCCAAGCCUCGACCAUUUACAGGAGGUCCCAGGCGAUACCGUGCUGGACGAGGCAGCAGCGUGCCAUUGGAUCUAAGCGCAUUGAGUGACUAA